UCCCUUUCCACUGUCCUCCAAUGGGGGGAAAAGUUGCCUCGUGCUCUUGUGUGUUUGGGACGAUGCGAUCCAGGUGUGUGACACAGCCCAAAGACUAAUACUCUGCGUAGUCUACGUUUUUUUUAAUAAAAGGAUGACUUCCUUUGUGUGCAGCCGUGUGAGGAUGACUUCUGCUAUUUACUUGCUUCUGGUCCUCGUUUCUUCGGCCUCCAUCACAGUGGCCAUCCUGUUUGGGGAGCCCAGGAUAUUCGGAGAGGAAGCUACAGGCUACGGCCCCAUCUUUGAGGAGGAGCCGGUGGAUGUGGUCUACACCGAGGACUCCCCUGAUGGAAGGAUCUCCAUGAACUGCCGUGCCCGAGCCAACCCGCCGGCGACCUACAGGUGGCGCCGUGACAACUGGGAGAUCAAACUGAUGGAGCAGCCGGAUGAGCAUUACAGUCUGGUGGGGGGCAACCUGGUCAUCAGCAACCCCAGACAGAAGAAGCAUGCCGGCACGUACAUUUGCGUGGCCAGGAACAUCUACGGCACCGUCAUCAGCAAGGAGGCCCGAGUCAAGUUUGGAUUUCUGAAGGAGUUUCCUCAAGAGGAGAGAGAUCCUGUUUAUGUUAAGGAAGGACAAGGCGCCGUUCUGCUGUGUGUCCCCCCAAAAGCUUGGCCAGAGGAGGUGAGCUACCGCUGGAUCUUCAACGAGUUCCCCGUGUUCCUCAACAUGGACCGCCGCCGCUUCGUCUCCCAGCAAACGGGGAACCUGUAUAUCUCCAAGGUGGAAGCUCAGGACGCGGGGAACUAUUCCUGCUUCGUCUCCAGUCCCAUCAUCGGGAAGAGCGUCUUCUCCAAGUUCAUCCCGCUCAUCCCUUUGCCGCCUGAUGAUGGUGAGGAAAGAAAAUACCCGGCAGGUAUCAGGGUGAAGUUCCCAGACACGACCGCCUUGCUAGCCUCCAACAUCACGCUGGAGUGCUUUGCUCUCGGCAAUCCCAUUCCUCACAUCGUGUGGAGAAAAGUGGACCACACUGAUCUUCCAGCCAAUCAUGAGAUCAGCGAAUCAGGCGCCAUCCUGCACCUCUACAAUGUCCAAUAUGAAGACGCGGGGAGUUACGAGUGCGAGGCCAUCAACACCAAAGGGAAAGACUGGCACAAGGCGUGGCUUUACGUGGAAUCUGCUCCAGAGUGGGCCGAGACCAUCAACAACACCCAAAUGGACAUCGGAUCAGAGCACACCAUGCGCUGUGUUGCAUCAGGGAAGCCCUUCCCGUUCAUCCGCUGGUACAAAGAUGGCUACAUGUCCGGCAAAGGCGAGUUAAAGUUUUCCAGCUUGACAUUUGAUGACUCCGGCAUGUACCAAUGUGUAGCGGAGAACUACUGGGGCAUCAAAUACGCCAACGCGGAGCUGCGAGUGAUCGCGUGCGCUCCGACGUUCGAGUUCAACCCACUGAAGAAGCAACUCCUGGGCGCUAAAGAUAGCCGCGUGGUGAUAGAGUGUAAACCCAGAGCGGCGCCCAGGCCUCGUUUCACGUGGACCAAGGGCAAAGAGCUGCUCUUCAACAAUUCACGCAUCUCCAUCAUGUUUGAUGGCAGCCUGGAGAUCCUCAACGCCACCGUAAAUGAUGAAGGCGUCUACACGUGCUUUGCAGAGAACGACAGAGGGAAGGCCAACAGUUCUGGUUACCUCACCAUCACAGAGGCGACCAGCAUUAAGGUGGCUCCAGAAGACACUGAGGUGAAAGUCGGGGACCAGGUGGUUCUGUCCUGCUCGGCCUCCUACGACCCCAUGCUGGACAUCACCUUCAUCUGGGCCGUGGACUUAAGAGUCAUCGACUUCCACGCCGAGUGGCAACACUUUGAACGCAUCAUGAGCGAAGACGGCAGCGGGAACCUGAGGAUCAAGAACGUGCAGAUCUGGCACGAGGGUCGCUACACGUGCACGGCUCAGACCGUGGUGGACAGCGACACGGCGUACGCCGACCUCAAGGUCGUAGGUGUUCCGGGGCCUCCUGGUGUGAUCCGCGUGGAGGACAUCGGGGACACGUGGGUCAAGCUGCUGUGGUCUAAAGGAUCGGAUCAUAACAGCCCCAUUCUGCACUACACCGUUCAAACCCGACACUACUGGGCUCUGCAUGAGGACGACUGGAGGAACGCCACCACCUCUCCAACCUUCCUUGACGGCACUGUGGAAAGGGCAGACGUCACAGACCUGUAUCCCUGGAUGGAGUAUCAGUUCCGCAUCAUCGCCACCAAUGAGUACGGUUCUGGAGAGGCCAGCAUCCCCUCCUUGAAGGUCAAAACAUGGGACGCUCCACCAGUGGUCUCGCCCACAGAUGUGGAGGGGUACGGCGGUAGAAAUGGCGAGAUAGUCAUCACGUGGACGCCCGUGGAGCCGUGGUACUUCUACGGCAAAAAGUUUGGUUACAUCGUGGCCUUCAAGCCUCACGACGCGUACGACUGGUGGUACGAGACCAUCUCCGACCCGGAGACGAGGCGCUACGUUCACAAGGACUCCUUCUUCAUCCCCACCGAAGAAGACUUCCAGGUUCGGGAGUUCCAGGUCAAGAUAAAGUCGUUUAACGUGAAGGGAGACGGUCCUUACAGCCUCACCAAGGUCAUCUACUACCCAAGAGAUGUCCCCAUCGAGCCUCCGACGGACGUCUACGCCAGGCCGGUGUCCUCCACGGAAGCUCUGGUGUGGUGGCUCCCGGUGGUGGACACGGGAACCGGCCUGCAGCAGUACAUUGAAGGCUACCAGGUGAAAUACUGGAGAAAGUAUGACGACACAGAACCGGGAGCCAAUCGCAUUUUUGUCUCGGCAACGGUGAACCAAACCAGGCUGGAGAACAUGCUGCCCGACUCCCACUACCUCAUCGAGGUGCGAGCCUUUAACGGAGCCGGACUCGGCCCGCCUGGGGAACACUGCGAGAUGUUCACCAAAAGAUCACCACCGCCAGAUCCUCCCAGGAUGUGGCGCUUCAUCUCCUGGACGGGAAUGUGGUUGUACGUGUGGUGGGAGCACGUCCAGUACGACUGGUUUGGGAACGUGUCCUUCCCUCUCUACUACAAGGUCAUGUUUCGAAAGACGGGUUACAUCUACGGGAAGGUGUACGUCACCGGGUGGCACUUCAUGGACUUCCCCAUGCCUCAGUUUGGCGACUACGAGCUCAUGGUGCGAGGACGCUAUGAGGGAGGCGACGGCCCCGUCAGGACCAUUCGACUUCUGGGUAAGGCCUCCGUGACCACGCCCACUCUGGGCCUCACCUGUGCCGCGUUGGUGGCGCUGUGGCAACUUUAAACCUUCAACUUCACACAAGUAGUUCAAACACCCUCGCUGGAAUAUUUUUUUAAAUGGCGUGAUGACAUUAUUUAUAUAAGAUUGUAUGUAAAUAACUGUUAUUGUGCUAGCUUUUAUGAUUAGCAUGCUAGUCUGUUAUUUAUUAAAUCACUAUCACCACUAA